AUGACUACGAACAGUUCCGAAAAGGGCUUUGACUACAAGACCUGCAACGUCCUCGUCGCCAUUGAGCAGCAGUCGCCAGACAUUGCCCAAGGUCUCGACCACGGCUCCCUCGAGGAGCAUGGAGCGGGUGACCAGGGAAUCAUGUUCGGCUACGCGACGGACGAGACCCCAGAGCUCAUGCCGAUGACCCUCAUGCUUGCCCACAAGCUUAACUCGGCCAUGUCUGCCGCUCGCCGCGAUGGCUCCCUCGGCUGGCUCCGUCCCGACUCGAAGACGCAGGUGACGAUCGAGUACAAGAAGGAUGGUGGUGCGAUGGUCCCUCUCCGUGUGGACACUAUUGUGAUCUCGACCCAGCACGCCGAGGAGAUCUCUACCGAGGACCUUCGCAAGGAGAUCCUCGAGAAGAUCGUCAAGAAGGUCAUUCCCGCCAACAUGCUGGACGACAAGACCGUCUACCACAUCCAGCCAUCGGGCCGCUUCGUGAUCGGCGGUCCUCAAGGUGACGCCGGUGUGACUGGACGUAAGAUCGUCGACACGUAUGGCGGGUGGGGAGCACAUGGUGGUGGCGCUUUUUCUGCAGGCAAGGACUUCUCCAAGGUCGAUCGCUCUGCAGCAUACACUGCGCGAUGGGUUGCGAAGUCUCUCGUCGCCUCUGGCUUGGCCCGCCGCGUCCUUGUGCAGCUGUCGUACGCCAUUGGG